GCGAGUGGCAUGGCGGCCCCCGGCGCGGCGGGUUUGGGGUGCGACGCUAGUGCUUCGAGGUAGCUGUAGUCGUCCCCUGAUGUCCUCGCCGGCCGCCAGGUUUCUCAGGUCUGCAGGCCUCGUGUGUCGGGCCGCAGGGCUUGGGCUCUGAAGAGAAUGGAUCCUUUUUUGGAUACAUGGGACUUCUCUUCACCUGUAAUAUCAUUAUGGAUAAACAGGUUUUACAUAUAUUUGGGCUUUGCCUUUGGCAUUAGCCUUUGGAUUUGUUUCCAGAUUGUCCUCAGGAAGCAGCUGUUUAUUUUAAAGGGCAAGAAAUCACAGGAGAAUUCUGUUCCAAAAGCAACCGGGGAUUUGAUGACAAAUGGUUGUAUCUCUCUUCAAAACAAGGAAGUCUUUGUAUCUGGAGUGAAGAUUUUCUAUGGUUCCCAGACUGGAACAGCAAAGGGAUUUGCAACAAGUCUUGCUGAAGCAGUCACCUCCCUAGAUCUGCCUGUGGCAGUUAUUAAUCUGAAAGAGUAUGAUCCAGAUGAUCAACUAGUAGAAGAGGUUACUAGUAAAAACGUUUGUGCCUUUGUGGUUGCUACAUAUACAGACGGUCAACCCACCGAAAGUGCAGUGUGGUUCUGCAAAUGGUUAGAGGAAGCAUCCAGUGAUUUUCGAUUUGGCAAAACUUACCUAAAGGGUAUGAGAUACGCUGUAUUUGGCCUAGGAAAUUCUGUCUAUGCCAGCCACUUCAACAAGGUUGGCAAGAAUGUUGAUAAGUGGCUCUGGAUGCUUGGUGCUCAUCGUGUGGUGGCUAGAGGAGAGGGGGACUGUGAUGUGGUUAAAAGCAAACAUGGCAGCAUCGAAGCGGACUUCAGAGUUUGGAAGACCAAGUUCCUCGCCCGGCUGCAGACACUUCAGAAAGGAGAGAAAAAGCCUUGUGAUGGCAACUGCAAGAGAGGCCAGUGUGAAUCAUCCAUGGAGGAAGAGCCCUCUGAGAGCACCAGUGAGGAAGAAUCUGGUACUGAAGACCAUCAGAAUUUAAAUUCUGUCGUUGAUGUUGAGGACCUUGGCAAGAUUAUGAAUUGUGUGAAGAAAGAAAAGAGAGAAAAGGAGGAACAGGAGGAGAAAAGUAGUUUGGUCCGGAACACUGUGAAGAAUGAAGACAGUGAAAGAAGAACUAUGAUAACCCCUGCUCUCCGAGAAGCCCUCACUAAACAAGGUUAUCAGUUGAUUGGGAGCCACUCUGGGGUGAAGCUUUGCAGAUGGACAAAGUCAAUGCUCCGAGGGAGAGGAGGUUGUUAUAAACAUACGUUCUAUGGCAUCGAAAGCCAUCGUUGCAUGGAAACUACCCCAAGCUUGGCUUGUGCAAAUAAAUGUGUCUUCUGUUGGCGACACCACACCAAUCCGGUGGGCACCGAAUGGCGGUGGAAGAUGGACCAGCCUGAAAUGAUCUUAAAGGAAGCCAUUGAAAACCAUCAGAACAUGAUUAAGCAGUUUAAAGGAGUACCAGGUGUCAAAGAAGAACGUUUUGAAGAAGCAAUGAUGGUAAAGCACUGUGCGUUGUCCCUUGUGGGAGAACCCAUCAUGUACCCAGAAAUCAAUAGGUUUUUGAAACUACUCCAUGAGUGUAAAAUCUCUAGUUUCCUGGUCACAAAUGCACAAUUCCCUGUGGAAAUCAGGAACCUCAGACCAGUUACCCAGCUAUAUGUCAGUGUGGAUGCUAGCACCAAAGAUAGCCUGAAGAAAAUCGACCGCCCACUCUUCAAGGAUUUCUGGCAGAGAUUCCUCAACAGCUUAAAAGCCUUGGCAGCAAAGCAACAGCGUACCGUGUACAGACUGACUCUAGUAAAAGCAUGGAAUGUGGAUGAACUCCAGGCCUAUGCUGAGCUGGUGUCCCUGGGGAAUCCUGACUUCAUCGAAGUGAAGGGUGUCACCUACUGUGGAGAAAGUUCAGCAAGCAGUCUCACCAUGGCCAACGUGCCCUGGCAUGAGGAGGUGAUACAUUUUGUCCGUGAGUUGGUGGAUCUGAUCCCCGAUUAUGAAAUUGCUUGUGAACAUGAACAUUCCAACUGUCUCCUGAUAGCUCACAAACGGUUUAAGAUUGGUAGAGAAUGGUGGACAUGGAUCGAUUAUAACCGCUUCCAAGAGCUCGUGCAGGGAUAUGAAGAUAGUGGUGGAUCAGCAACUUUCAGCGCAGAGGAUUAUAUGGCGAAAACUCCUCACUGGGCAUUAUUUGGUGCCGGUGAAAGAGGUUUUGAUCCCAAGGACACACGAUAUCAGAGAAAGAACAAAUCAAAGGAUAUUUCUGGAUGUUGAGAUUAUCUGACUGCAGGUUACUGAAGGACAAGAACUGAUGGCCCCAGAAGGUUCUCACCCUCCACGGUGAUUUUUCUCAAGGACACAUUACACAAUUAUAUUUCAUGUAAAGGAGAUUGUAAGGCUGCACAUGGGGACACGAGUCACGUCCCAGGGUUGGGACUCAGCCCCACCAUUUCUUUCCACAGCUCAGUCCCUCUCUUGAUUGGACUUCUUAGAGGACCAUCAUUUCAGGGAUACAGUCAUUAGAAUGGAGCUGAUGGUUCUGAGUUAUAAUUUGUCAGACUCGCUAAGAUGCUAUUCCAGGGGGUGUUGUAAGGAAUGAAUGUGGGUUUCUCUUCCCCCUCCUGGGCUAUUGGCCUCUGGAUUGUUCCACCCCAAGGUAAGUGUAUCUGCUCCCUCCAGGACCUCCAUCUCUUCCUUGUAUCUUAAGAUAACACUUCCCGGGAGUCAUUCAAGUUGUCAUAAUUCUUGAUUAUUUUUCAAUACCAUAUAGAUUACAUUAAAUUUUUGCUUAGUGCCA